UUCGCCUCCGUCGGAACCAUGUCGUCCGCCUCCGUGUCGGCGAGAAGCCUCGGCGACAUGUCGGAACUCGAGACCGCCCGAAUCGGCGUCGACCUCAUAUCCGCCGCCCGGCGGAACCUCGGCUUCCUCAGAACCACCGCCGAAUCCCACUGGCUCCACCGUGAGCCCACUCUCAAUGAAGCCAUCAGAAGAUAUGAGGAGCUUUGGAUGCCGUUGAUUUCUGAUCUCACGGUUGUGGGGGCUUCGCCUCCGAUGAUUCUUCCUCCGUUGGAUGUUGAAUGGGUUUGGUUCUGCCACACGUUGAAUCCGGUUGGUUACAGGCAUUACUGUGAGACAAGAUUCUCUAAGCUUAUUGGAAAGCCAUCAAUUUUUGACGAAGAGAAUGAGGAAUAUGCAUAUAUGAGGUGCAAAGAGAUAUGGGUUAAGAGGUACCCAACCCAAUCCUUUGAAAAUGAAGAAAAUUCAAGUUUCAGAGAUGUAAUUACUGUUGAAAAUCAGGAGCUUUUGGAGGAAGUGAAAAGGCAAAGGCACUUAUAUUCCAAGUUUUCGGAGCCGUUUAGGUCCGAGAUCGUCUACCUUGUUGCAGCAAGACAAAGAUACAGGGGGUUUCUGUAUAUGUUGCAGAGGUUUUCUGACGAAUGUUCUUCUUUCGUGGCUGCCUCAGAUAUUUUCCUAAUGUGGCUUACCCAUCAGAGUUAUCCAACAGUUUAUGCAGAAGAUAUAAAGGAGAUGGAAGGAGAUUUGGCAAAGGUGGUGAGAUUUGGGGAAACUGUGAAGCCGAAGGAACUAGAAGAAACCAAGAAGAUAUGGCACAGAACUUUUGGUCAACCUUAUGAGAAAGCCGGGGGAGGAACAAUCAUGGAAUUGGAUAGAGUUGUUACUUCCAAAUCUCUAGUUUACUGGGAAGUAUCCGACUCAGAUGUCAAUGCCAAGUACAAGUCCAUGACGCCUAGGUUCAUUCUUGAGGUUUGUGUAUUUAUUGGACUCAAUGCUCAAAAACAACCAUUGCAACAAGUUGCUUCUCGGGAAUUUGUUCGCCUACGCACUUUAAGAUGCCAUAGGGAGUUUAAGCUUGAUCAACUGAUCUCAAGCCUUAACAACGACCUGUGGCACAAAGCUUGGCAUCUCUAUUGUGAAUUUGGAACCAAGGGAGUUGUAAUCGAGCUUCAGCAUCCCAGUGGCAACUGUUUCAAAGGAAGUAGCAUUCGAGGAACUGUCACAUUCAAGUGGAAUGACUUGUUAAGAGCACCCUCUCUUACUCUAGAAAGGAAACUUGAUCAGAAACUCAAGAUAGUUACCUCAAUAACUCCACCAGUCCAAGCACCGUACUUGCUAAAAUGUGUGCCAGACAAAGUGACGGAUGAUUCGGGGGCAAUGAUUUCGGAUGUUGUUCUUAGAAUGAACCAAUACCGACCCCAAGAAGGUCGGUGGCUAUCUCGAACUGUACUCGACCAUUGCGGUAGAGAGUGUUUUGUCAUUCGUAUGAGGGUUGGAGGGGGGUUUUGGAGGAGAGGAGCUGAAACUCCUUUGCCUGUCAAAUGGGAGGACAGAAUUAUAGAGAUUCGAGAAGGUUCUUGGUCGUAUAUCGCUGGCUCAAUCGGCAGAUCCCCGGAGAAAGUGGUAGGAACAGCAACACCAAAACAGCCACCGGAAGAAUGGGAAGCUGCUUGGUGUUUUUCAACUGGGGAUGAACUGAUGAUCCAAUGGGACACUUCAACACCAAAAGCAGCCCUUAGCUUUUCCUUAACAAAUCCAACUUCAGAAUCAUCUGUAAGGCUUCUAAAAGGUCGGCGAAUGCAAUAUCAAGUAGGGAAAAAAUUUAAAGAGCGACAAAACAAUAGCGGAGUUGAGGAGGACAAAGAGGAAGUUGGAGAUGGAGCUGGGUUUGUAACAAUGAUUCGGUGUACCGAUGAGGACCCAAAUGGAAGAGCAACUGCUCUUCUGAACUGGAAGUUGCUGGUGAUCGAGUUGUUGCCGGAGGAGGACGCCGUGUUGGCUCUCCUUCUCUGUGUCUCGAUCCUCAGAAGCGUAUCGGAAAUGAGGAAAGAGGAUGUAGGGAACUUGCUGAUCCGGAGGAGAGUGAGGGAGACAAAAAUUGGCCUUAGAGACUGGGGGUCCAUAAUGCUUCACCCUUCUCCAAAAACUUCGGCUACUUAUUUGCCUCAUCUUCAACCUUGGUAUUGUAAUCCCGAGGCCGUGAUAGCAUCCGAGAGCGUCGAUCACCUCACAGGACAGCCCGCGUCGAGCUACUUGCCCGUGGAGGGCGGAGAUAAGCUGUACAAGCGAGGGAUAAUAACAUGAAUGAUGAAAAUUGAGGAAACAAAUUGAAAUGUUAUAGUGUUAUCGAUUCACAGCA